AUGGGUGUUGUAAAAAUUUUGAUUGAAAAAAAUGAAGUUAGAUUUUUAAACGCUUUUAAUGAUUUAUUUUCUUCUUUAUUCAAUAUUCAUAUUUUUUAUAAAUAUUAUUUUCCUAAAUAUGAAGUGAAUCACCAUAUUUUAAAAAAAAAUUCAAAUCACAUUUUUAUAAAUCGAGCUAAUGAAUAUUUAAAAAAAAUAAUUGAGUCUAUAACUAUCAUAUAUUGGAAAGGAAGAAAAUGGAAAGGUACAUAUUGGCCUAGUAAAUGGAAGUGGUAUCAUAGACACGGUUAUUGGGCAACAAGAAAGAAGCUUCUUGAUUUUGAUAAAUAUAGACCUUAUAGAUAUCAUGAAGUGAAAGGAUACGGUAAGCCUAAAUUGAAAUUUUGGCAAGAUUAUUCCUAUUAUAGACCUUUAAAACAAACAACAAAAUUUUGGUAA